AUGGAGGAGAUGAUUUUCUCCAUUAUCGCACAUCAUGCUGGUGUUCCAAAGACUUCAAUUACGCCCGACUCAACCUUCUUCCAAUUAGGUGGCAACUCCAUCAUUGCACUUUCAACAGCAGCCGCAUGUCGCCAACAGGGAAUAGCUCUCACCGUUGGGGACAUUCUGUCCAGCGAAACGGUAUCCGGUAUUGUUCGAGCCGCAAAGUCCACAUUAAUCUUCGACGGUGCCCAUAGCGUGCAAUCACCCACACUCAUCGAAACUUCAUCUUCAGCCUCGCCGUUUGAGUUUAUUGCCAGAAACUCGAGUGAGGUUGAACCUCGAAACAGAGGGCAGAUCCAGUUCAUCUCAAGCCCCUACCAGCGACCCACACAAUGCAUUGCACAGACCGAGAUGCAGAUACUGCUGGUUUCUGGCUCCAAGCGAGCCCCGGGAACCAAUGUCAUUAGCUACUACCAAGAAGUAGCUCCUAUGGAGAUUCCGCGGUUGAAGCAGGCGUGGCAAGCCGUCAUCGAAACGGAGCCCAUCUUUCAUGCCGCCUUUGACGAAGACCAACUUCUCGAGAGGAAGUUCUUCAUGCUCUCCUGGUCUGAAACAAUUGUUAAUGAUGAAGAUGCAUACCAGAGAUUGAUUGACGAGACAGAAUCGCCCCCUAUGGUCAUACCCUCCACGGAGUUUGCCGUCGUAACGCUGAAUGGACCCCAGGGACCCCAAAAGAGCACCUUGAUCUGGCACGUUCACCACGCUUUGGUUGAUGGAAUUUCCGGUGGCACUCUUCUCGCCAGAGUCAAUGUGGUGCUCACUGGGGGUGCCCUCCAACUGGGUCGGCCCUUCACGGACGUCGUGCGGGAGCUGGCUUGGUAUCAGGAUCACAAUGCACACCGGGCGAGAUCUUUCUGGAAGACAUAUUUCAAACCUUCUUCAGCUGAAGAGACCAUACUAUUGCCUUUGCCCGAGUUUCAAGGGAACCCAAUGCGCAGUACGACGGGUUGUGUCACGGGGAAAUUACCAUUGGAAAAAGUGCAAGGCUUCUGCCAAACCCAAAGCAUUUCCCCUUCAAUAGUCUACUAUGCUGCCUGGGCCCUCGUGCUUUCUCAAUACACUGCAUGCAAGGACAUCAUGUUUGGCGUCGUGUUGGCCAAUAGAGACGUGCCGAUCGCUGGCAUACUGGAGACUGUUGGUCCUUUGAUGAAUAUGUUGCCUCUCUGUCUACAAAUUGAUCGGGGACAACAUGCAUUGGAAUUUCUGCAAUCGGUGUCCAAUAAUCUAAAUAUGCUCUCUGAUUAUCAGUGGAGCAAGGCCGAGCAUGGAUUCAGCCGCAAUGUUUCAUCCGCGAUGGCCAUACAAUUCGACUACGAAGCGGAUCAUCCGCAGCCCCCAGACGGACGUUCUUCUUACACGAAAAUUCAAUCAGGGCUACCAGUCGAUAUCUUUGUUGGACCUAAAGACAGGGUACAAUUUAAUUACAGCAAGGACCGAUUCCAUCAUAGAGAUAUCGGCCACGUGUGUGGCGCCUUCGUAUCCGCCAUCGAGGCACUUCUCAUCCCGAGCCAGAGGCUAGAAUUGUGUGUCACUCAAUUCAUUGGCUCAUCUUUACGACAAACACUGAUGGAUUUUGGAAACUGCGCAUCAGAGGAUACAAAGUCACAUGGGAGCGAGACGCUGGUCAGUUUGUUCACAGAGCAAUGUCGAGCAACACCGAAAAGCGUGGCCGUGAGAAAAGGGUCAACGGAGCUGAGUUAUCGGCAAAUAGAUGAGUUCAGUACAAGAUUGGCUCGAGUCUUAUUGCAGCACAUUGCGCCGGGGGAUGUCGUUUGCGUGCAAGCUAAUCGUUCCACCAACUGGAUUGUGGCUGCGUGGGGGGUAGUGAAGGCCCAAGGGGCUUACUGUCCAAUGGACCCCAAUUCCCCUCCUGCACUCCGCGACUCGUUCUGUUCUAUCGCUAACGCUCGUGUAUUCCUGGCAACGAGCGAGGCUUCCAAGAGCUGUAAGCCAUCCUAUUGUCAGAUAUGCUACUCAGUGGACGAGAUACUCGCCAUGCAGGUUCCAAAAAGGAGAUGGCAUAACAGUGUGCAACCCGAAAACAAUGCAUACUUGUGUUUUACUAGUGGCUCAACCGGUCUUCCUAAAGGGGUGAUGUGCACCCAUAAGGGGAUCGUUGCAUUUGAAAAAGAUUACGAGGCCCGAAUGAUGGUAGGGCCGGGUCGCAAGGUUCCCCAAGUGAUGUCUCCUGCAUUUGACGGCAGCAUUCACGAAAUCUUUGCUACUCUGUCAUAUGGUGGAACGUUGGUGCUGAACGAUUCGGACGAUCCGUUUGAUAAUCUGAAGCAUUCGGAUGUCGCUCUAUUGACACCCUCUCUCGCUCGUAUGUUGGAUCCAAUCGACUACCCAAAUCUGCGUGCGGUCUGGCUAGUAGGAGAGCCUGUGACACGAGAAAUCGCUGACACAUGGGCCUCUGCUCUCCCGACAUACAAUAUGUAUGGCCCGACUGAAACCAGUAUUGGGGCAGCCUACAACCGUAUAUAUCCAGGAGUGGCAAUUACAAUUGGAAAGCCAACUCGGUGUGCCCGGAUCUACAUCCUAGAUACUUACCGCAAUCUUCUCUUCCCAGGAAUGAUUGGAGAUGUCUAUAUCGCUGGGAUUCAGGUAUCUCGUGGUUAUGUUGGGCGUCCAGAUGAGACCGACGCCAGUUUCUUCACAGACAGUGUAUGCCCUGGACCGGGGCAGAUGAUGUACAAGACUGGAGAUCGAGGAUACUGGACAACAGGCGGAGAGGUUUCGCUGCUUGGGCGAGCAGAUAGACAGAUUAAACUGCGCGGUUUUCGCUUGGAUCUCAACGACCUGGAAAUUCGCAUGGUCCGUGGAUAUUCUUCAGCCGCCGCAGUUGCCCUUGCUAGUGUAAACGAUACACUAGUUGCACUCGUGCAGCCGAUAGACGUCAACAUUGAUAGUUUCCGAGCCAAACUGCGGGAUGUUUUACCAUCAUACGCCAUCCCGGGUCUGGUGAAAGCUGUUUCUGACUUCCCGGUAGCCCGUAGUGGAAAGACAGACUACGCGGCUAUUGUGAACAUGUUCGCCUCUUGUUCAGACCAAAGCACCUGGCCUGUGGCUUCAUCUUCUUUGCAAGACUCUCGCAGCAAAAUAAUCGAUAUCUGGCGUACGGUCCUAAAGCUUGACCUCAGUCACCCAAUUCGUGAUAACGAUCAUUUUGUGGACAUGGGGGGCCACUCACUUGAGCAGUUAGCGUUAGCAAGUCGUUUAUCCUCUGCCUUCUCGAAGGAAAUCCGUGCCCGUCACGUCAUUGACUCCCCCCGUCUCCGUGACCAGGUGGCACUAUUCACCGCUUAUACAGAAUGUGCACCUAAUUGCGUGACGAACGGGAACGUAGCCCAAAUUCUGACUCCAUUAGGAGAUACAAAUCCAUCUCCUAUUGAAGUCGAGUGGUGGCAGAAGUACAAUCUGCGGAAAGGAUCAACCGCCUUUAACGUGAACUAUGUCUGCCACCUGAACAGAGGGGUUGACAUAGUCAGCUUGGCUGAGGCAUGGAACACUGUCCUUGCGCGGCACGACAUUUUCCAGUCUCUUUAUUGCGCACAGCGAUCGAAGUUAGUCCGGACUAUGAGUAGUUCGCGUCCCAAAGUGCGUUACGUCUCGGAUAUCGACAUCCAACAAACAAUCAAUUAUGAAUUCGAUCUUUCUAAAGAUGUUCCCAUCCGCGUCUAUCUCUCACUCGAUCUGCUCGUCCUGGUUGCUUCUCACAUUAUCCUAGAUCUGACAUCUCUACAGACAGUUCUACGAGAGGUAGAACUAGUCGUCAAGGGCGGUUGCCUCCCACCAGUUACCAGGCGCUAUAGUGAUACCACACGCUGGAAUCAACCUAUCAAUCCAGAUUGCCUCGAGUUCUGGAAUGCUUCUUUGCGUGGUCUGCCUUUCUAUCCAACCCCGAAACGAACCACAUUCCAUGGAGCAUCCCGAGUGUAUAAGCUCCCCCAAGAGGUCAUGUCUAGUAUGACACAAUAUAGUAUGCGGUACGGAGUCACAUUCCAUCAGCUCUGUCUCGCCGCUAUUUCACUAUGCCUGCGUCAGAAUAGACCCUCGGAUCAACCAGUGGUGUUAGGAGCGCCAUUCCUCAACCGAGGAUUGGAUGAUCUCGAUGUAGUUGGCUUGUUUCUUGAGCCAUUACCUAUCCGCGUCAAUGCUCCCUCUGAUGGAACUGGACUCGCCUAUGUACGUGACACGCAACAAUCCAGCCGAGAUUCUCUCUCCCACUCGAUCCCAUGGCAUUCUCUGUUAGAUCAUUUUGAAGUUCAUCCAAAUCACCCCAAUGUCCCUUUUAUCGAGGCAGUUGUGACAUUCCAUGAUCAUCGAGCAGUCCGUGACUUUGACGUUCCCGGAGUAUUACCACUGAGGACCUGGUGUCAGGGCGCAAAGUUCAACUUAAUGAUGGAAUUUUGCGCUCAGAAAGACGGUCCCCUUUUUCUACGUAUUGAAUAUGACAAUGCAAAUUAUGAGGCUAUCAGGAUUGAUACGGUUCAGCAUUCUAUCAUGUUGGUGCUCAUGGGAUUAACUAAGGGUUUGGAUAUUGCGGAUAUUCAGACAGGGCUGGAUAAUGUGUCCGAGAUUCCACCAUAUAUAGGUGAUCAGUAUUUUGCUAUGCGGAGUUUAGAUCUUUAG